AUGGCUACAGCUGUUGCUGAUAUAGCCGCGGACGCAGUCCAAGCUGGAAUCGCGAUCAUUGGCGCAAUCUUCGACUCGGGCGCAGACAAGGACUUUCGAAGCUCGUGGACACAGGUGCAGAUUGGAGACAUGUCGUCCAAGAACCCCGGAAAGAACGUCAUGUGUGUCUUCACCAAGCACGACGCGUCCGGCCUCGUCAACAGCACAAUGACCAUCCGGGAAUGCACAUGUCCCAACAGCGGCUCGGUAUUGACAUACUCUUGUUAUGUCUUCGAUUCAGGGCCGUUUGUGUUGCAGGGAGACGGAGGAUACCUGAACUGGGCUUUUGCCGGCGUUUUCACCCGGAACGGCGGAAAUGUGAAUUUCAGUGCAUUGAGUGCGGGUCAGAUUGCAUAG